AUGAGUGCUGUUUGGGGAACUUCACUUCUGGUUCUAGCUUUGGUCUUUUCAAUGGCGGUGGCUGAACCACUAGUUCCAUCACUUACCAUAUUCGGGGAUUCCGUUGCUGACGUUGGAAACAACAACAAUCUCAUCACUCUCAUCAGGGCAAACUUCCCUCCUUAUGGAAGGGAUUUCGCCGAGCAUAGACCAACUGGGAGGUUCUGCAAUGGGAAGCUGGCCAUAGACAUAACUGCUGAAUAUAUGGGUUUUGACACAUACCCUCCUCCCUAUCUAAGUCAAGAAGCCAGCUUGGGAAGCGCUCUGACUGGAGCCAAUUUUGCUUCAGGUGCCUCUGGCAUGCUUGAUGGAACAGCCCACCUAUAUGGAGCGGUUUCAUUGACAAGGCAGCUGGAGAACUACAAGGAAUACAGAGCAAGAGUCGAGAGUCAGGUGGGGUUCGAGAAAGCCACCGACACAUUCUCUAAAGGGAUUCAUCUUUUGAGCACAGGAACCAGUGAUUUCAUUCAGAACUACUAUGUCGACCCUAUUCUCAACACCCUCUACACACCUGAUCAGUGGUCUGACAAGCUCAUGAAAUCUUAUGAUACCUUCAUUCAGAACCUAUACGGGCUUGGAGCAAGGAGGAUUGGAGUGACAACUCUGCCACCAACAGGGUGUUUGCCUGCAGCUAUCACCCUCUUUGGCCAUGGAAGCAACAAUUGCGUUGAGAGGCUGAACUGGGAUGCUAGCUCCUUCAACCAAAAGCUGAACACAACUUCUCAGAGCCUUGCACAAGGACUCCCGGGGCUUAAACUUGUUGUCUUCGAUAUCUACAAUCCUCUCUUGAACUUGAUCAACAAACCUAGCGACAACGGGUUCUUCGAGGCAAGGAAGGCUUGCUGCGGGACGGGUGUCCUAGAGACUUCAUUUCUCUGUAAUUCAAUGUCAUUGGGUACAUGUUCUAAUGCUACAGAGUACGUUUUCUGGGAUGGAUUCCACCCUUCUGAAGCAGCUAAUACGAUCCUAGCUCAAUCCCUGCUUUCACAAGGAUUGUCCCUCAUAUCGUAG